UAUGGUCUGUUUAUAAUCCAAAAGGCGGAAAGAGUUGGCAGAUUCGCUGGGCAUCGAACUGGAAGGCUUAUCUCUGACGUCCAGAUCGUAUCAUGAUGACAAACUUUGAAAUCUGCAUAAGCUCUGCAAUCUAUUAGUGUAGUGGUUCAGGUACGAGGGUAACUUGAAUUCAACUGUAUUUAUCUUGGGAGCGAAACGGCUCCUGAGAACUUAGGUCGAUCUUCCGCCCGAGCUUGUGCUCCAUACGGCCUUUACUCUUGACAGCACACGGGAUAUACAUGCCCUGAUGAGCGUAAACAGAGGCCUUUACCAACUGUGGAAAAAAUAUCUAUAUCAGCACAGUGUGGACCAUGAAAACGGCGCCGGACUUAUCCUAGCAGCCGGGAAAGGGACUUUAUCCGCGAUGUGUUGUUUUCUCGGUGUACCAUCGGUGAACGUGCAUGUCCGAAACGUAGCCGGACAGACGAUACUCCACCUCGCAGCCCAGCAACAUGACGGAUUCUACAUUAUGAUGAUGCUUUUGCGGGAUAGUCGUAUGGACAUUUAUGCGACUGACACUGUGGGACGGACGCUGUUGUCUUAUGCGGCAUCGAACGAUGACUGUCGUCCGCUUAGCGUCCUACUACGGCACAACGAUAUUGAUGUUAAUAUGGCCGGCGUCCAAGGCAAAACACCGUUUUCCUAUGCCGUCAAUAGGGGGCACAAAAAGGCAGUAAAGAAGCUUCUCGACGACACGCGGCUAGAUCCCAAUCUAACUUCCGAUCAUCUCUCGCCCAUAGCGAUUGCAGCAGGCAGCGGUUCAUGGAGUUUCUAGAGAUGCUUUUGAGUGACCAGCGCGUGACUGUCAAUAACCAAGAUCAGGGCUAUAUAGAUCCAGUGGUCUGGGCAUUGUUUCGAGAAUAAGAGUGAAGCAUCUGUUUCCUGCUUUCAAUCUGUUGAAAAGGUUAAGAAAAAUAUAGAACAUUAGAGGCAACAGUGGGAGUAUGACUGUUGACAUAUAGUAGUCCAGUAUGUAACG